AUGACAUUGUACGCGCUAGAAAGACAAGUGGCUAUAUCAGCGGUGACUCGCGCGUGCGCUCUCACUUCUUCGGUCUUCAAUAAACUGGUCAAGUCCGAAACCCUCACCAAGGAAGACAAGUCUCCAGUAACGAUCGCUGAUCUCUCAGCACAAGCGCUCAUCAAUACUAUCCUUGGAACCUCUUUUCCUGAUGACCCUAUUGUAGGGGAAGAGGAUUCGAGCGAUCUGAGAGGUGGUGGAGAAGCCCAGAGGGUGAUGCGAGAGCGAAUUACGGAAUUGGCGAAUGAUGCUUUGACAAAGCCAUUAAGUGGCGAGGAGAAAAAGGAGUGGGGGUUGGGUGACGCGAAGAGCACGAGCGAGCUUUUGGAUGCUAUCGAUCGAGGCAAUCAUGCAGGAGGGAAUAAAGGCCGCAUGUGGGCAGUCGACCCAAUUGAUGGGACCAAAGGGUUUCUUCGAGGGGAGCAAUAUGCAGUUUGCCUUGCACUUCUGGUCAACGCGCGUGUAGAAGUAGGCGUUAUAGGUUGCCCGAACUUACCUCUCACAUCGACUGCUCUUCCAUCUUCCGCAUUACCCCCCACAGAGCGCGGUGCAAUUUUCGUAGCCGUUCGCGGUCAGGGGGCCGAGUCCAGACAUCUUUCCAAUGCCUGGACGAGUCCAGGUACCCAAUUACGACUCUUUUCACCAUCAGGUGCCGGGAUCUUAGGGUCGGGACUAAGAUUUCUGGAAAGUGUAGACAGUGGACAUUCGGCGCAUGAUUUCAAUGAACGGGUUGCUAAACUGUUGGGAGUUACGAACCUGCCUAACAGAAUGGACAGUCAAGCUAAGUAUUGCGUAUUGGCAAGGGGUCUAGAGGGUGAAGGGAACGUGUAUCUGAGGAUGCCAGUGAAGGGCAAAAAUUAUAAGGAGAAAAUAUGGGAUCACGCUUCUGGAAACUUGCUGAUACAUGAAGCCGGAGGCAUCGUGUCGGACUCUUACGGCCGACCACUCAGUUUUAGCGAUGGGCGCACAUUCAAAGAGACUACAGGUGUUGUCGCAACUGGGAGUAAGGGAAUUCAUGAGAUUGUCAUUCAAGCCAUCCAAAAAGUCAUUGAACUUGAGGAGGCGGAAGCGAAGGAUGUCACAGAGAAAUUGUAG